CCGAGAAAGUUAGAUAAUGAGACUACGAUUCAAUACGACGACAGCGACAGGUUUUUUGUGAUCUCAGAUACUGCGACUUGGGCUGUUGUGCCAUGUGCCUUUUUAUUAGAUAAGCUUGCUGAGUAGUUGAAUUGGCACAAAGGAUACCACAGCCAUGUCGACUCCUCCAGGAAAACGUGGGCCUUCGGUCCUGGUCACCGACUCCCGCGAGCGCCUCCCAGCUGCACGUCAACAGGCGCGUCCUUCGGGCGCUGCGAGCACCGCCCGCGUCCGAAUGCCUACGCGUUAUAUAUCCGUCGACAACGUCCUCCAGAACUCCUCCGAAAUCCCAUCCGGACAGGCGCGCUUGCCGCCUAAUACUCAGACGGCGCGUCCGGGCGUGGAGCGUAGCAUGUUGGCUGCGAAUGUCUCCCCCGGGACGCGGACAUCGCAGGUUAACAUCCCCGGGCGCACGACGAAGGUUAGCGAGAAGCUCGUCCUCAUCCCGGAACUGGAGGAGGGUCGAGAAAUCGAGGAAGGGGUGGCGAAUGGGACGUUCCGGCUUGGGUAUGUGGAGGAGAGCGAGGACGAGGGACGGCCGCUGCGGAACGAGGAGCUUGAUGAGCUGAGGAGGAAGGGUGCGCUGAGGGGGAAGAGCUAUGCGGAGCGGCUGCCGAAGGCGAAGCGGACGGAGAAGGUGGCGAGGUGUACGGCGUAUUGUACGGCGCAGGGGUUUAAGAUGGCGGCGACGGCGGCGUUUGUGAAGGGGCAGCAUGGGGCGAAGACGAAGUUGUAUGAUGAUUGCCUGUAUACGGUUUAUCAUCUGCCGCUUUUGCCGGGGAAUGAGGGGUAUCGGUUAAGGAGUAGUCCGAUCCUGAAGCAUCCGGGUGGGAAGGCGGUGCUUGAUGAGGAGAUUGAGAGGAGUGAGGCGAGGGUGUACCAUGAGGGGUAUUUUGAGGACACGGAUGUGUAUGGUGUUCGUGGCGGAGAGGAGAGCCCGGCAGGCGAGAGCGACGAUGAUAGGAUAAGACGAGAGGAUAAGGAGAGGCGUGGCAGAGAAGAGGAGAGAGUCGCGGCGCAGGGAAAGAGGGGCGACAGCCCAAACCGCCUCGCCCCUGACGCCACCACCUUCGCCGAGAUGUUCGUCUUCUCCUACGGCGUAGUAGUCUUCUGGAAUUUCACCGAGAGCCAGGAGAAGGACACCCUCGCCGACUUCACCUUCACCGAGAUGGAGACGGGGCAGUCGAUUAUAUGGCGGCCGCAGGAUGAGGCGGACUUUGAGACGGAGGAGCUGCAUUUCGAGUAUAGCUCGUUUGUGGACAGGCCGAGAGUGUUUAAUGAUAUGAUCACGCUGAGGAGUGGAGAUCAUAUGAUUAAACUGGCGAUGAGCCAUGCGAUUGCGCAGAGCACGAAGUUGAGCUUUUUCGAGGAGAAGAUGUCGCAGACUAUGCUUGAUGCUCAGCAUGUCCCGAAGCGCCUGGCACUGACUGGAGAACUGGGGAUGUCUCGUCCUGAAGUUGUCAAGAUCCUUGGGCGAUUGUUCAAGAGCCGUGUUGAUGUGAAUCUCUCAUCCAACAUUCUCGACGUCCCCAAUUUCUUCUGGGACUCCGAGCCCACACUGCACCCCCUCUACUUCGCCGUCCGCGAGUACCUCGAGAUCACACCCCGCAUCAAGGUCCUCAACGAGCGCUGUCGAGUCUUCCUCGAGCUUGCUGAGAUCCUCACUGACUCCAUCUCCGAUACCAAGAUGAGCAAUAUCACAUGGAUCAUCAUCUGGCUGAUCGCCGUCAGUAUCGUCGUCACUGUCUCGGAAGUUGUGUUACGCUUUGGGAUGUUGCAGAGUGGACGAAAUACCAAUAUGCCUGGUGUUUGUGGUCUCGCUAGGGUUGGGGCGUAUGGAGGUGGUAAUAACAAUUUGACGAGGAUAAGAGAGAAGUUGACGGAGGAUGAUAUGCAGCAGUUGUGCGGGAUGCCUUAUAUCCAGACGACGUAUAAUGAGUUGUGAGCGGCUACCCCGCCGGGCUUGUGGUCGUCCAAAAAAAGCCCCUCAACCGACAUUUGAACGCCCAAGCCCCGUCGCCAAACCAUCAUCACAUCGCCCCUAACCCCCCUCCUGCCCGUGGCUCUUCACUCCCUCGUGGUCCAAAAAAUCAUCAAAAAAUCAUCAAAAAAGUGGCCCGAUCCAGAUUCGAACUGGAGUUCUCCAUCGUUCCUCAAUCAACCGCAGACUCGAGAUAUCCAAGGUGUGAGCCUGAAGGUAUCCAAGAUUGGUUGAUCAACUGAGGGACGGAAGUCUUAACCGCUAGACCAUCGGGCCUGUGGAAUUAAAGGGUUCUCGGUGAGAGGGGGUAUAUAAGGUUAGGAGGCAGUUUUCUUUGUUCUUUUUAUGCGGGGCGGCUUAGGCGGCAGGGGGCGGCAUAAGCGGCGUGUAUGAUUAGCUAAUGCGAGUUUGUGAGGAGCGUGUGGUGAGUUGUGUUGUUGUGCUCGUCGAGACUGGAGCGUGGAAUAGGAGUAUUGGGGAUUAGGCGUUUAGCACACUGUUGUUGGGGAUUAUUCAUUCCAUAGAUCACAAAUUCCAUUCCCUGUAUCCUCUCUCACCCCCUU